AGAAGCGCCGAGAGCGCGACCGGGACGGUUGGAGAAGAAGGUGGCUCCCGGAAGGGGGAGAGACAAACUGCCGUAACCUCUGCCGUUCAGGAUCCCGGUUACUUAUUUAUUCGUUACCCCUUUUCUUCUUCCUUCCUCCCAAAACCUCCUCCUCUCCUCCCUUCUUUUGUUUCCUUUUUGGGAGCCGACGAGUCUCCGGAAGGAAGAAAAGGCUUUCUUUCAGCCCUUUUCGUUUCUCUGCCUUCCCCCCCUUCCCCCCCUCCCCCACCUUUCCCUCCUCCAGCCUUUCCCUCCCUAUCCCGGGAGGUCUUUCCUGGUGGCCGCCCGGACGGGUUCUGAGCACUUAGGCGGCGGUGGCGCAGGCUUUUUGUAGCGAGGUUUGCGCCUGCGCAGCGCGUCUGCCUCACCAUGCACGGGGGUGGCCCCCCCUCCGGGGACAGCGCAUGCCCGCUGCGCACCAUCAAGAGAGUGCAGUUCGGAGUCCUGAGUCCGGAUGAGUUGAAGCGGAUGUCCGUGACAGAGGGUGGUAUCAAAUACCCAGAGACAACCGAGGGAGGUCGCCCCAAACUUGGGGGACUAAUGGAUCCACGGCAGGGGGUGAUUGAGCGGACUGGCCGCUGCCAAACAUGUGCAGGAAACAUGACCGAGUGUCCUGGCCACUUUGGCCACAUCGAACUGGCCAAGCCUGUGUUUCAUGUGGGCUUCCUGGUGAAGACAAUGAAAGUUCUGCGCUGUGUCUGCUUCUUCUGCUCCAAACUGCUUGUAGAUUCUAAUAACCCGAAGAUUAAGGACAUCCUGGCCAAAUCUAAGGGGCAGCCAAAGAAACGGCUUACGCAUGUCUAUGACCUUUGCAAGGGCAAAAACAUCUGUGAAGGUGGAGAGGAGAUGGACAACAAGUUUGGUGUGGAGCAGCCUGAGGGUGAUGAGGAUCUGACCAAAGAGAAGGGCCAUGGCGGCUGUGGGCGGUAUCAACCCCGGAUCCGGCGCUCUGGCCUAGAGUUGUAUGCUGAAUGGAAGCAUGUUAAUGAGGACUCUCAGGAGAAAAAGAUCUUGCUGAGUCCAGAACGAGUGCAUGAAAUCUUCAAACGCAUCUCAGAUGAGGAGUGUUUUGUGCUGGGCAUGGAGCCUCGAUAUGCCCGGCCUGAGUGGAUGAUUGUCACAGUGUUGCCUGUGCCUCCUCUCUCUGUGCGACCUGCUGUGGUGAUGCAGGGUUCUGCUCGAAACCAGGAUGAUCUGACUCACAAACUGGCUGACAUUGUGAAGAUAAACAAUCAGCUGCGGCGGAACGAGCAGAAUGGUGCAGCUGCCCAUGUCAUAGCAGAAGAUGUAAAACUUCUCCAGUUCCAUGUGGCCACCAUGGUGGACAAUGAACUGCCUGGCUUACCCCGUGCCAUGCAGAAGUCUGGCCGUCCCCUCAAGUCCCUGAAGCAACGGUUGAAGGGCAAAGAAGGACGGGUUCGAGGGAAUCUAAUGGGCAAGCGAGUGGACUUCUCAGCCCGCACUGUCAUCACCCCUGACCCUAACCUAUCCAUUGACCAAGUGGGUGUGCCCCGAUCCAUUGCUGCCAACAUGACCUUUGCAGAGAUUGUCACACCCUUCAACAUUGACAGACUUCAGGAAUUAGUACGCAGGGGAAACAGCCAGUAUCCAGGAGCCAAGUACAUCAUCCGCGACAAUGGCGAUCGAAUUGACUUGCGUUUCCAUCCUAAGCCCAGUGACCUUCAUCUGCAGACUGGCUAUAAGGUGGAACGGCACAUGUGUGAUGGGGACAUUGUUAUCUUCAAUCGUCAGCCAACUUUGCACAAAAUGUCCAUGAUGGGGCAUCGGGUCCGAAUCCUCCCCUGGUCUACUUUUCGGUUGAAUCUUAGUGUGACAACUCCAUACAAUGCAGACUUUGAUGGAGAUGAGAUGAAUUUGCACCUGCCACAGUCUCUGGAGACUCGGGCAGAGAUCCAAGAGUUAGCCAUGGUGCCUCGAAUGAUUGUCACCCCCCAAAGCAAUCGACCUGUCAUGGGUAUUGUGCAAGACACACUCACGGCAGUACGCAAAUUCACUAAGAGAGAUGUCUUCCUGGAGCGGGGUGAAGUCAUGAACCUCUUAAUGUUUCUGUCCACGUGGGACGGGAAGGUCCCACAGCCAGCUAUCCUCAAGCCCCGGCCCCUAUGGACAGGCAAGCAGAUCUUCUCCCUCAUCAUACCUGGUCACAUCAAUUGUAUCCGUACCCACAGCACCCAUCCUGAUGACGAAGAUAGCGGCCCUUACAAGCACAUCUCUCCUGGGGACACCAAAGUUGUAGUGGAGAAUGGGGAGCUUAUCAUGGGCAUCCUUUGUAAGAAGUCCCUGGGCACCUCAGCAGGCUCGCUGGUCCAUAUCUCCUACCUAGAGAUGGGGCAUGACAUCACCCGCCUCUUCUACUCCAACAUUCAGACUGUCAUUAACAACUGGCUUCUCAUUGAGGGUCAUACCAUUGGUAUUGGGGACUCAAUUGCAGAUUCCAAGACUUACCAGGACAUUCAGAACACUAUUAAGAAAGCUAAACAAGAUGUAAUAGAGGUCAUUGAGAAGGCUCAUAACAAUGAGCUAGAACCCACCCCAGGAAACACAUUGCGUCAGACAUUUGAGAAUCAAGUGAAUCGUAUUCUCAAUGAUGCUCGAGACAAAACUGGCUCCUCUGCACAGAAAUCCCUCUCUGAAUAUAACAACUUCAAGUCUAUGGUGGUAUCUGGAGCCAAGGGUUCCAAGAUCAACAUCUCCCAGGUCAUUGCUGUUGUCGGGCAGCAGAAUGUAGAGGGCAAGCGGAUCCCAUUUGGAUUUAAGCAUCGGACCCUUCCUCACUUUAUCAAGGAUGAUUAUGGUCCUGAGAGCCGAGGCUUUGUAGAAAAUUCAUACUUGGCUGGUCUCACACCCACUGAGUUCUUCUUCCAUGCCAUGGGAGGACGAGAAGGUCUCAUUGACACAGCUGUUAAGACUGCUGAGACUGGGUAUAUUCAGCGAAGGCUGAUAAAGUCCAUGGAGUCAGUGAUGGUGAAAUACGAUGCAACUGUGAGGAACUCCAUCAACCAGGUGGUACAGCUGCGCUAUGGAGAGGACGGCCUGGCAGGGGAGAGCGUCGAGUUCCAGAAUCUGGCUACACUUAAACCUUCUAAUAAAGCUUUUGAGAAGAAGUUCCGUUUUGAUUAUACCAAUGAGAGGGCCCUGCGGCGCACUCUUCAGGAGGAUCUGGUAAAGGAUGUGCUGAGCAAUGCCCACAUACAGAAUGAGCUGGAACGGGAAUUUGAACGGAUGCGUGAAGAUCGGGAGGUGCUCAGGGUCAUCUUCCCAACUGGUGACAGCAAGGUGGUCCUCCCUUGUAACCUUUUGCGGAUGAUCUGGAAUGCUCAGAAAAUCUUCCACAUCAACCCUCGCCUUCCCUCUGACCUGCAUCCCAUCAAAGUGGUAGAGGGAGUCAAAGAAUUGAGCAAGAAGUUGGUAAUCGUGAAUGGAGAUGACCCACUAAGUCGGCAGGCACAGGAGAAUGCCACAUUGCUCUUCAACAUCCACCUAAGGUCCACACUCUGCUCUCGCCGCAUGGCUGAGGAGUUUCGGCUGAGUGGAGAGGCCUUUGACUGGCUGCUUGGGGAGAUAGAGUCCAAGUUCAACCAAGCCAUUGCCCAUCCUGGAGAAAUGGUGGGAGCUCUGGCUGCUCAGUCUCUUGGAGAACCUGCCACUCAGAUGACCCUGAACACCUUCCACUAUGCUGGUGUAUCUGCCAAGAAUGUGACUCUGGGUGUACCUCGACUUAAGGAGCUUAUCAACAUUUCCAAGAAGCCAAAGACUCCUUCACUCACUGUCUUCCUGUUAGGUCAAUCUGCACGAGAUGCUGAAAGAGCCAAGGACAUUCUUUGCCGCUUGGAACAUACAACAUUGAGGAAGGUGACUGCCAAUACAGCCAUCUACUAUGACCCUAACCCCCAGAGCACAGUGGUAGCAGAAGAUCAAGAGUGGGUGAAUGUGUACUAUGAGAUGCCUGACUUUGAUGUGGCCCGGAUAUCCCCCUGGCUGCUGCGUGUGGAGCUUGACCGAAAGCACAUGACUGACCGGAAGCUUACCAUGGAACAGAUUGCUGAAAAAAUCAAUGCAGGUAAGGCUGACUUUAGUGAAGACAAGGAAGCAAUUCUUUCUUGGCAGAUUGGAGUUUUGGAGGGAACGGAGGAAAUCACAGGCUUACUGAUCUCACUCUUGUUGCAGGAGGAAGAGGUGGUGGAUAAGAUGGAUGAUGAUGUCUUCCUGCGGUGCAUUGAGUCCAACAUGCUGACAGAUAUGACUCUGCAGGGUAUCGAGCAGAUCAGCAAGGUGUACAUGCACUUACCUCAGACAGACAACAAGAAGAAGAUCAUCAUCACAGAAGAUGGAGAGUUCAAGGCCCUGCAAGAAUGGAUCUUAGAGACAGAUGGUGUGAGCCUGAUGCGGGUGCUGAGUGAGAAGGAUGUAGACCCUGUGCGCACCACGUCCAAUGAUAUUGUGGAGAUCUUCACGGUACUAGGCAUUGAGGCUGUGCGGAAGGCUCUGGAGCGAGAACUGUACCAUGUCAUCUCCUUUGAUGGUUCUUAUGUCAAUUAUCGGCAUUUGGCUCUCCUGUGUGACACUAUGACAUGCCGUGGCCACUUGAUGGCCAUCACUCGUCAUGGGGUCAACCGCCAGGACACUGGACCGCUCAUGAAAUGCUCCUUUGAAGAAACGGUGGAUGUCCUUAUGGAAGCAGCAGCACAUGGGGAGAGUGACCCCAUGAAGGGAGUCUCUGAGAAUAUUAUGCUGGGCCAGCUCGCUCCAGCUGGUACUGGCUGUUUUGACCUCCUGCUUGAUGCUGAGAAAUGCAAAUAUGGCAUGGAAAUCCCCACCAAUAUCCCCGGCCUGGGGGCCGCUGGACCCACUGGCAUGUUCUUUGGCUCUGCACCUAGUCCGAUGGGAGGGAUAUCUCCUGCAAUGACACCCUGGAACCAGGGUGCAACUCCAGCGUAUGGUGCCUGGUCCCCAAGUGUUGGGAGUGGGAUGACCCCAGGAGCGGCUGGCUUCUCUCCCAGUGCUGCAUCUGAUGCCAGUGGCUUCAGCCCAGGUUACUCCCCUGCAUGGUCUCCCACACCAGGCUCUCCGGGCUCCCCUGGACCCUCAAGCCCAUACAUCCCCUCACCAGGUGGUGCUAUGUCUCCCAGCUACUCACCGACAUCACCAGCCUAUGAGCCACGCUCCCCUGGGGGCUAUACACCCCAGAGCCCCUCCUACUCCCCUACUUCACCUUCCUACUCCCCAACCUCUCCAUCUUACUCUCCAACCAGUCCCAACUACAGCCCUACCUCUCCUAGCUACUCGCCCACCUCCCCUAGCUACUCCCCCACCUCUCCUUCCUACUCCCCCACCUCUCCAAGCUACUCCCCAACCUCUCCAAGCUACUCCCCAACCUCUCCAAGCUACUCUCCAACAUCACCUAGCUAUUCUCCAACUUCUCCCAGCUACUCACCAACAUCUCCUAGCUAUUCCCCAACUUCUCCCAGCUACUCACCGACUUCACCAAGCUAUUCUCCCACCUCCCCCAGCUACUCACCGACAUCUCCCAGCUACUCACCAACUUCUCCAAGCUACUCACCAACUUCCCCAAGUUACUCACCCACCAGCCCUAACUAUUCUCCAACUAGUCCCAACUAUACCCCGACAUCACCCAGCUACAGCCCAACCUCACCCAGCUACUCACCUACAAGUCCGAACUAUACACCCACCAGCCCUAACUACAGCCCAACCUCUCCAAGCUAUUCCCCAACCUCACCCAGUUAUUCCCCCACCUCUCCAAGCUACUCCCCCUCUAGCCCACGAUAUACACCACAGUCUCCAACCUACACACCGAGCUCGCCAAGCUACAGCCCUAGCUCGCCAAGCUACAGCCCCACUUCACCCAAGUACACCCCAACUAGUCCUUCCUACAGUCCCAGCUCACCAGAGUACACCCCAACUUCUCCCAAAUACUCGCCUACAAGCCCUAAAUAUUCACCCACUUCUCCCAAGUAUUCUCCUACCAGCCCCACUUAUUCACCCACCACCCCAAAAUACUCUCCAACCUCUCCUACGUACUCGCCAACCUCUCCAGUCUAUACCCCGACCUCUCCCAAGUACUCCCCGACCAGCCCUACCUACUCACCCACUUCUCCCAAGUACUCGCCCACCAGUCCCACCUACUCACCCACCUCUCCCAAGGGCUCCACCUACUCCCCCACUUCUCCUGGCUACUCCCCCACUAGCCCCACCUACAGCCUCACCAGCCCAGCCAUCAGCCCAGAUGACAGCGAUGAGGAGAACUGAGCGAGCAGGGCGCAGAGCUGGUUAGGGUCAGACAACCUCGGUGGCCUGUGUGUCACUUCCCUCACCUCACAGGCUGUGACCCUAGCCUGGGUCCCUUGUACAUAAGUCCUUGUGACAAAACCCUCUGGAAGUUCUGGACCCCAUUUUUGAUAGCUUUUUCUCUUGUCCUGUACUCGUGCUGUCUCGGACUCACUGACCCAGCUGCAGGGUUUUGUUACCCUGCUAGUCCCCUGCCUCACUCCACCAUGAAGGUCUCUGCUUUCCUGUGACUUGAUUGGGAUGCAGGCAUUUAACUUUGGAAGGCUAGUUUAGUGCCUGCUUUGGGUCAUACAUCUGAUCUGGAAGAACAAAGCUUAAGCUGCCUUUGUUAUUUUUUGAAAUUGAAAUAAAGUUUACUAAUUUUGA